AUGGCGGUGGUCAAGUGCGCGGCGGAGCUCGGCAUCGCCGACGCCAUCGAGGGCCGCAAAGGAGAGUCGCCUUUGACGUUGGUCCAACUCUCGUCUGCUUUGGGCUGCGAUCCGGCCCACCUGGCCCGAAUCAUGCGGUUCCUGGUCCACCAUCGCAUUUUUCGGGAAGUACCCGCCGCCGGCGGGAACGUUGGGUACUCGCAGACGGCCCUCUCCCGCCGGCUUCUUCUCCGGCAGGAUGGCAAGUCCGUGACCGAUAUCCUUCUCAUGGAAAGCAGUCCGGCGAUGCUAGCACCGUGGCACUACCUCAGCUCCGCCGCCCGGUCACCACCGGCCGGCGAGAAGCCGCCGCCGCCGCCGUUCGAGCAAGCUCACGGCAUACCGCUGUUCGAGUACACGGCGGCGAAUCCGGGCCACAGCAAGCUCUUCGACGACGCGAUGAACUGCAUGGGGAGGUGGACUCUGCCGGCCAUGUUCCAAGCGCUGCCGGAGUUGAUGGACGGGGUCGGAACCGUGGUGGACGUCGGCGGCGGGAACGGGACAACUUUGAGCGUGCUGGUGAAGCGGUUUCCUUGGAUCAAAGGGAUCAACUUCGAUCUCCCACACGUUGUCUCCGUGGCGAUUGAGUCUCCCGGCGUGGAGCAUGUCGGCGGCGACAUGUUUGAGGGCGUUCCGGCGGCUGACGUUGUGUUCAUCAUGCUAGUACUCCAUGACUGGAACGACGAGGAUUGCAUCCGGAUACUGAAGAACUGCAGAGAUGCCAUAGCAGGAAGGGAGAACGGGAAGCUGAUAAUAGCCGAUGCUGUGGUCGCCGAUCAUGGUGAUAAAGAAGACGGGAACCCGAAGGAGCUGGAGCACGUGAGGCUGAUGCUGGACAUGGUGAUGAUGGCUCACACGACGUUGGGCAAGGAAAGGAGUACUCUCAAAGAGUGGCGGUUCAUUCUUGAUCAAGCUGGGUUCACCAGAGUCGUCGUCACUCCCAUUGAGACUGUCCUGUCAGUCAUUCAAGCCUUCCCUUGA